UACGGAGGGAGACUAGAAUGGACUCUUCCGGGAGAUAACAAGUUGAUUGUCCAUCUUAAAGAUAAAAAGUUAAUAAGGAUUAAAAAACGAUGGAGUCAGGUAAUGUAUAUGUAUUAUCUACUAUCAUUUCGUUUGAUGUGUGAUGAAGAGGUUCGGAGGAAAUCAAAGGCAGCAGAGAAUACCUACAUAUUAGCUCUAGACGGUGAUGUCGACUUCUAUCCUUCUGCUGUUCAACUAUUGGUCGAUAGAAUGCGCAAAAACGUUAACCUUGGUGCUGCCGCUGGUAGAAUUCAUCCGAUAGGAUCCGGUCCACUGGUAUGGUAUCAGCAAUUUGAAUAUUCAGUUAGUCAUUGGCUACAGAAAGCAACUGAACAUACGAUUGGAUGUGUCUUUUGUAGUCCAGGUUGUUUUAGUCUUUUCCGUGGAUCAGCGUUGAUGCGUGAUGACGUCAUUAAGAAAUAUGCCUCGGUGGCCACAGAAGCUAGACACAAAAUACAGUUCGACAUGGGUAAAUAG